AUGCAGUGUGUGAAGUCAUGUACAAUAUUGCUCAAGAGAGGGAGUAUGACAUCAGCUCUGUAUAAAUGCAAAGGCAUGAUAUCACAUGUCCAAUGAGUACUUCCAUAAUUAUGCUGGAGACAGUUUUAAGCUUGAGGAAUUCAAUGUGACAUGCAAUGGAUUCAACAGAUUUAGAUUUAGAUUUUGAUUAUAUGAAUGUUACCACAAGUAAUUUCACUUAUGAGGACUUUAAUCUCAAAGUCCACACCACAUGUUUCACUGAGGUUCUGUGCCUGUUGUUUCUGGUCAUCAAUGUAUUCAUCUUCUUGCUGGGCAUUGGAGGAAAUGGGUUGGUUAUCUGGAUUGCAGGUUUUGGCAUGAAGAAGUCAGUCAACACUACCUGGUACCUGAGUCUGGCUGUGUCUGACUUCAUCUUCUGCGCCUGUUUGCCUUUUAACAUUAUCUACAGCGCAACUUCGGACUGGACCUUUGGGCUCUUUAUGUGUAAGUUCACGUCCUUUGUUAUGUUCCUCAACAUGUUCAGCAGCAUCUUCCUCCUUGUCAUCAUCAGCGUAGAUCGUUGCGUAGCCGUGAUGUUUCCUGUUUGGGCCCAGAAUCAUCGCACUAUUGGAAAAGCUUCUGUGAUAAUCUUUCUUGCAUGGGUCAUCUCUGUGGGUUUAAGUAUUCCAUCUGCUGUAUUCCGUGAUGUUCAGAAUCAUUUGGGUAUAAAUCAAUGCAUGAACAAUUACACAUCCAGCCAGUACAACCACAAAAUCAUAGCUAUGGGUCGCUUUGUUUUUGGAUUUGUGAUCCCGUUCCUUCUCAUCAUUGUCUGUUACACUGUUAUCAUAUUUAGACUGAGAGCCACACCGAUUGCAAAGUCCAACAAACCAUUUAAGAUCAUGACAGCUCUCAUUUUCACCUUCUUCCUGUGCUGGCUGCCCUACCACACAUUUGUGCUAAUCGAACUGAAUCAAAGUGUUCACACUGAGACCAUAGUGCAUGGGCUGAAAAUUGGCACCAGUGUAGCUGCUGCAAACAGCUUCUUAAACCCCGUUUUAUAUGUCUUCAUGGGUAAUGACUUCAGGAGGAAAUUCAGGGCCUCAAUCUUAUCAAAGAUUGAGAAUGCCAUAGGAGAGGACGGGCGAACAAUGAGCCGCUACUUAUCUCGCUCCAGCUCAGUGGAUGCCAAAGUGUCCACUCGUAUCUAAAGUGGCAACUGAAAGUAAUAUAUAAUGAUAUUUUCAGUGACGUAUAGAAAUAAAGCAAACUUUGUAAUUGUGCACAAUGCAAAUGGAUUACUGAUGCAGAACUGUUCGACUAGUGGUCCUUACUACUUUUUAAUACUUAAUAACAUCUUUGUUUUCAUCCAUUUAAUGAUUUUCACAAUCAUUUUUGUAAUUUCUACUCAAUUUUAUGAGUUUUUGGAAUUUCAACUAGAAUUUACCAGUAAUUAAAAUCAAAGUGGUUAAGAAGUGUAACAUAAUAAUUGCUGUACAGUAUGUUCUAACUUUGUCAACACUUAAAGGUGCAUUCAGUAAUUUGGGGCUAAUUACAUUUUUUUUUUAACAAAUUCAUUGUGUUUUUGUAAAGAGUGAUCUGAAUGGUGUACACUCACAUGAGAUGAAAACUGUACUCAUAAUAGUUUUCUAUUAAAAGAGAUUUUAUUAUUAAUGUGUUUUGCUAUGUUGAAAUGACAUGGUCUGCUGUGUUUCACUAAAUGUUGAAGAAGAAAAUCCUUGCGCUCAUUGACUGCCGCCUAUAUAGAUUCACGUGUCUAUGUUAGCGCAAUGUUGUUUGGUGAUGUGAAGAGUGAAAUGAACAUACUUAUUGUGCUUUAGAAGUGGAGACAACAGGGGAUUCAGCCGCUUUACUGCCAAAGAAGUGAAAAAUUCCGAAGCAAGAAGACAGAAAGACUGGCAAAGACAAAAAACUAGAGUAAACAUCGGUACAUCGGCAUACACAAGGUGGAAAGAUUUGAUGAUGGAGUAAAAACAUAAUGAGUAAUGAUGCUGAUGCUGCUUUUGUUUUGUUGGACAGGUCAGAUACAAUUUAUUUUAUGAUACUAAAAUAGUAUCAGUGGAAUUAAAGAAAAAGUUUCACUCAAAAUGUUUUUAAUUAUGUGUGUAGUCAACGUAUGUUUAAAAAUUUAAGGCAACAGUUAAACCUACGUUCCCAAUUUAUUGGAUUAAAAUUUUGUACAGUGUAUCUUUAUAACCACAAUUUCUGUCUAAUAAACAUUUACUAUGCCUUAAUCAUCCCCAUCUUCAAGUGUUAAAUCGAUUUGUCUCCUUUGUUCAGAGUAGUAAAAGCUAGUUAUACA